CCGAGCGGCGGCGGCGCUUCCGCUUCCGGCGGCAGAGCGCCUCCCAGCAUGGCGGCCUGCGCGGCGACGGAAGAGCCGGUGCGGCUCUCGGAGCUGCUCGAGUCUGGCUGGCGGCUCCUAGAAGAGGUGGAGAGCGGCGCGGAGCCCUCCUCGGGGGCGCCCGCCGUGCAGCGCAAGGUCCAGCGCGGCGUUGCCCUCCUGGAGCGCGCAGCCUGCGCCGUCGCCGAGCUCCAGCUCUUCAGCCGAAAUGAAGAGCUGGAAGAGAUUGCGUCAGCUGACCUGAAAUUCAUGCUGGUACCUGCUCUAUUGGCGGCCCUCAUCUUGAAGCAGGUCAAUCCUGACAAGCGACUGGAGCAUGUGGAGAGGGCACGAGCCUGUUUCAUGAAUUUCUUGCAAAUCUGCAAAGACUAUGGGAUUGGCCAGUUUGAACUCCCUCGGGAGCCGAGCAGCAGGGAGGAGAGUGAGUCUGCUGGGAGCUCAUGGGACGCUGCGCCAGCAUCUGAUCAGGCCACUCUCAUUGCCAUGGCAUCAAAUAGGCAGGCAAAAAUUGAAAGAUACAAACAGAAGAAGGAGGUCGAAAACCAGCUUGCUUCUUUGAAGACCUUCAUCGAUCGCGGCCAGGCAGAGGAGGAACAAAUACGGGAGUUCUACUUGCUGCAAAUCAAGAAGUGGAUCAGCACAGGUCUGGAGGAGAUCGAGAGCAUUGAUCAAGAAGUAGCAAUCCUCAGUCGGCGGGAUGCUCUGAAGAAGGGUUCAGCCACGCGGCCUCCCGGUCGAUGCCGGCCUCCAUUGAAGCCCUUCAUCCUUACGCGGGAUGCUGCCCAGGCAAAGGUGUUUGGUGCUGGCUACCCCAGCCUCGCAACCAUGACAGUGGAUGACUGGUAUGAGCAGCACCGGAAGCAAGGAGCCUUACCGGAUCAGGGCAUUCCACAAGCAGCUUCAGGUACGGAAGAGCGGCAGAAGGAAGAGGAAGGAACGAAAGAGGAGGAAGAGGAGGAAGAUGAAGCCGUGUGGAAAGCCCGGGAAUGGGACGAGUGGAAGGACCUGCACCCCAGGGGUUAUGGCAACCGGAAGAACAUGGGCUGAUGGGCAUCCCAGAGGUGAGCCUGCAGCCCAGAGACCCUCCAUAACAUUUGGUUAAAUAAGCUGCCCACACCAUGUACUCUCCCUUUUGAAAGGUGAACAGGGCGAGGCUGUUUGUUCUGCGUUGUCAGGCCACAUUUGGGCAGUAUCAGGAGUCCAGAAGUGGCUGAGGCUUCCUCCCGCGCAGGAGACCCCUGUGGGGGACAUGACAUCCCCCUUUCCUAAAGUCGUUCCCGGUGAGCUGAAUGGAUGUCAAUUUAGAAGUACUGUAACUUAUUCUUUCUUUAAAAAUAAAUGCCAUUGUCAGUUCA